AGUUCUUUCAAUAUUUGCAGCGUUUAUUCUAGUUGGCAAGGAUUUCCCUGUACGUGAUGAGCUAUCUGUAACUGAGAACUAAAGAAACAUCUGUACUUUUAUAUCUAAUACACGCGAUGGGUCUUCAAGGAUUUUCGUUGAAGAAGACAGGGAUUGGCGAGGUUAGGUCAAUCGCUCAGUGGUCCUCUGAUCACUUUGAGCUCAAUCAUCGGCCUCUUCGAAUUGCCGUCGAUCAAGCGAAUUGGUGGUUCAGAAACGUGACGCCACAAAAAGAAAUCGAGAUCCAAAGACAAUGUCGUGGAUCCCACCCAAGAGAGAAACGAAUUCUAGAACGGGUAUGCUACCUAUUACGGAUGAACGUGCAGCUUAUUUUCGUGUUCGACGGUCCAAAUAAGCCAAACAAGCGCCGCCCCACGGCUCGGACUUAUAGUGAAGAUAAUCUUGCACUCCUGAAAGAACUCCUGGACCAGUUAGGCGUCCCACGCCAUGAAGCCCCUGGUGAAGCCGAAGCCGAGUGCGCUAGACUUCAAAAGCUAGGCGUUGUAGAUGCUGUAUGGACUGAUGACACUGAUACGUUCAUGUUCGGGUGUGAAACCGUCGUCCAAUUUUGCCGGCUAGAAGGUUCCGAAUUUAAUAGCGAAGACAGUGUGCUUGUCUACACUGCAGACAGUCUCCUGAGUCAGAGCAAACUUACUCAACAAGGUAUCAUCAUGUAUGCGAUUCUUGUUGGAUGUGAUUAUGCCGACGGUCUAUCUCGAUUUGGACCGAGGACUUUGCUGGAACUCGUGAAGCAUCAUAAGUUCCAAGAAACUGCAGAAAUACUGGCCACGUCCGCUUCAAAUAAUCAUCGAGAGCUCAGUAAAUGGCGGGCAAUGCUCUUUCGCAUGAUGAAAGACACUUUCCCUUCCAAGAAGUUCACCCUCCCCCCGAAUAAUUUUCCGAAUCUGGAAGUCCUGGGAAGCUGCUCUUGCCCGAACGUUUCUUCAGAUUACAAGCUUAAGGGCUUGGUACGUAAUUGGUUCCGGCCGUUUGGACCAAACUUACUCGCACGAUGCACAUUUCUUCUGAAUCAUUUCCACUCCCGGAAGAGUCUCUACUGGCCAGUAGAGUGCCUAGUGCCGAUCGAACUUAACCAUCGUCUCCGGGAAAAGGCCAAUGAUUUCAACUAUGGUGUCACAGAAAAUACAGCAAUCGGAUCUAGGAAAGAAUCUACAAUUGUGGUCGACCCAUUACUCGUGAUACCCGAACUUCGCGACGUUUAUCCCCCCGGAUAUGAGUUCAGAAAGGUUGAGGCCACCCUCUUAGAUUGCGUGAUUCGCCGGGCGCUACCAGAUCUCAUCGAGAAGACUACUAAAAAGAAACCAAGAGGAAGGCCACAGAGGAUUCCCCCUAGAGGGAGCACAACUACUACACCAUCUCACGAGUCUCGAGCAAGAGAAAUCCUUACCGAAUUACAAUCACUGGAUGUUGUCUUGAACAAGCGUGGGCGCUCUAGGAAGAGGGAUUCUAGCUCCUUCGAGGGCGGAAGCAGCAACAAUCCACCAGAGCAUAGCAAUACAUCGCGGAAGAAAUUUCACGGACUGGGAGGACAAACGAAGCAAGCCGAGUUCUCUAAUUAUGAUGCUCACGACACGAGGUUUUUGGAAGCCUCCCCUGUCAUACUUAAUGAUCAAGGUGGUGAGAACAAGUCUCCUGGGGAUUUCGAAGGCCCCGCGGUUUAUAAGAAACACAAAGUCGACAUGUCUUCUCUUGACGAUAUCACAGUCAUCGACUUAACAGAAGCAGAUUGAAAUGCAAUAUAAUCUACAAUCUUUCACAAUCCCAUUCUCGAGAUCGUCAAAGUGACUCAUUCCUACAUAGCCCCGGAGCAUGCCGAAACGUAUGAGAGCGGCCAACCCCUUUCAGACGCCUCAACCAGCGACGAAGGCGGUACCGAGGACGAAAGUGCGCGAUCUAUCACACAUGUUCGAUCGGGUCCCCGAUCCUCGUCCGGCUCUGGAUCACCUGCGCCGCUGGCGUUCCAGAACGCUUGGUUUGGUACGUACGGAGCUGCCGCAACCCCUGCUGCAACAUCCUGCUCGCU